AUGGUAGAAGGUGGGGCUAGAGAUGGAAUGGCUAGAGCCAGGGCUUCUCCUAUGCUCAAUGGCCAUCACCACCCCAUUGGGGGCAGAGUUGGUGCCCAAGGUACUGGAGCAGAAGCCCUGAGGAUCAGGUCCGAGCUGGUUCCGUUUCAAGUGUGUGCUUUCCUCCCUGGCAAUGGCACCUCUGCCCUAGUAGAGAGCAGCACUGAACAACAGGGAUUAGCAGAGGACUGCGGGACAGGCCAGGGCCGGUCGAAAAGAGAAAAAUUGAAUAAUAUAGCCGAUCCAGAAGAGCUCUUCACGAAAUUAGAACGCAUUGGAAAAGGCUCCUUUGGAGAAGUUUUCAAAGGAAUUGAUAACCGUAGCCAGCAAGUGGUUGCUAUUAAAAUCAUAGACCUCGAGGAAGCCGAAGAUGAAAUUGAAGACAUUCAGCAAGAAAUAACGGUUUUGAGUCAGUGUGACAGCUCAUACGUAACGAAAUACUAUGGAUCAUAUUUAAAGGGUUCAAAAUUAUGGAUAAUAAUGGAAUACCUGGGUGGCGGUUCAGCGCUGGAUCUUCUGCGAGCUGGUCCAUUUGAUGAGUUCCAGAUUGCUACCAUGCUAAAGGAAAUUUUGAAAGGUCUGGACUACCUGCAUUCUGAAAAGAAAAUUCACCGAGACAUAAAAGCUGCCAACGUCUUGCUCUCAGAGCAAGGAGAUGUGAAACUUGCUGACUUUGGAGUGGCUGGCCAGCUGACGGAUACACAAAUUAAAAGAAAUACCUUUGUGGGAACACCAUUUUGGAUGGCACCUGAAGUUAUCCAGCAGUCAGCUUAUGACUCAAAAGCUGACAUUUGGUCACUGGGAAUUACUGCUAUUGAACUAGCCAAGGGAGAACCACCUAACUCUGAUAUGCAUCCAAUGAGAGUUCUGUUUCUUAUUCCAAAAAACAAUCCUCCAACUCUUGUCGGAGACUUUACUAAAUCCUUUAAGGAGUUUAUUGAUGCUUGCCUGAACAAAGAUCCAUCAUUUCGUCCUACAGCUAAAGAACUUCUGAAACAUAAAUUCAUUGUAAAAAAUUCAAAGAAGACUUCUUAUCUGACUGAACUGAUAGAUCGAUUUAAGAGAUGGAAGGCAGAAGGACACAGCGAUGAUGAAUCUGAUUCUGACGGAUCUGAUUCGGAGUCCACCAGCAGGGAAAAUAAUACUCAUCCUGAAUGGAGCUUUACCACUGUGCGAAAGAAGCCUGAUCCUAAGAAACUACAGAAUGGGGCAGAGCAAGAUCUUGUACAAACCCUGAGCUGUUUGUCUAUGAUAAUCACACCUGCAUUUGCUGAACUUAAACAGCAGGAUGAGAAUAAUGCAAGCAGGAAUCAGGCAAUCGAAGAACUGGAGAAAAGUAUUGCCGUGGCCGAAGCUGCCUGUCCUGGCAUUACAGAUAAAAUGGUGAAGAAAUUAAUUGAAAAAUUUCAAAAGUGUUCGACAGAUGAAUCCCCCUAA